AUGGUACUCGCGGCUCUCAGGCGUAAGUUCUGCGGGCGCCGAGCCACACAUCAGCUGGAGCUGUUGGAGCUCUACACGCCCCGCGAGUUCGAGAUCAGCACGAACUUCGCCAAGAUGUUGGUCACGGUGUAUUGCUGCAUGAUCUAUUCCUCGGGGAUGCCCGUCUUGUACCUGAUCGGAGCGAUGUACAUGUUUGUCACCUACUGGACUGACAAGGUGGUCCUCCUCUGGGGCUGCAAGCGCCCUCCGUCCUACAACACCAAGAUGGCCAAAACGACAGCCAGCCUGAUGCUGUACGCCUGUUUCCUGCACUGUUUGGCUGCCGUGAUCAUGCUUGGGCAGCCUUGCGUAUUCCCCUCCGAGCCAGUGGGGGGCUCGAUGGCAGGUGUGAUUGAAGAUCAGGCGUCAGGGGAAGAACAGAGUACUGUCGAGAUUGCUUUUCAGCAGAUUGGUAAGGAGUCUACUUGGCUGCAUUUUGUGAUGAUGGCUGUUCUAGGAUCCUUGUGGUUGCUUUGGCUGGUCACCUGGCUCUUCGCCAGCUCUCUCGGCCCUAUAGUGAAGUGCAUACACAAAUGCCUUUGCAGAGGUAGGAAGGUCGGUCCAGACCAAGUCGCCAUCACGUGGGAGUCAGUGAGAGAUAGCAUUGAGAAAAGGAUGCCACCGGCAUCUUACAAAAUGAGGAGGAACCCUGAUUUCGCCAGAUUUGCGACAGCCUUCGACGGUACCGACGAGGGUGCGAGUGCCGGGGCGAGCGCCGAAGAAUGUGAGGUGGGAAGUGGACGGACCGUUUCAUAA